GGCCGCCAACGGCCGCGGCGGCAGCGCGUGACCUCUGCGCGUCCCUGAGGGCGGCGGUGGCGGUGGCGGCGGUUUCCCCUCAGAGGGGCGGCGGGCACCCUCUGCCAGCUGGCAGGGCCGAGGGGUGUUUUUAUUUUGUGUUUUUAGCGAAGUCUUUGCAGGGAAUACAAUCACCAUGUCGUCUGCACUAUUGCCUAAGCCCCAAAUGCGGCGCCUCCUGGCCAGGCGGAUGAAGUUUCACCUCUUAGGGGCAUUUUUUGUUUCUUUCGGAUGCGCAGCGUUGUACAAGUUUGGAGUUGCUGAACCCAGAAAAAAAGCUUAUGCAGAGUUCUAUAAGAACUAUGAUCCUAUGAAGGACUUUGAAGCCAUGAGAGCAGCUGGUGUGUUUGAGUCUGCGCCGCCCAAAUAAUGGCAGCCUGCAUUUCCAGAUCCUGUUCAGUCUGAGGAGACUUGAUGACCGAACCUUACUUGUUCACUGAAUUAUCAAGUGUAAUGCACUUCAGUGCAUGACACACUCUAAUGUAUCUCAGUAAAUAAAAAACGUACAUCA